UAUGACAGGCACCCUAUUUUGAAGCGAAUCCCCCGUUUCCUUCGGCCUUAUACCACACAGUUCAUCACGGCCCCAGUUUCGCAUGUGACUGCAUUUGUGGUUCUCCACGAAAUCACGGCCGUUGUGCCUUUGAUAGGCAUUUGGUAUCUCUUGCACCAAUACCACGAUACGUUGAUGGUAUCUGUACUCGACUUGCCUUCAUGGGCCACGGAGAAAGGCACCAAAAUUAUUGACAAAGCUUUACAAGACUACGACUUUGGAACCUUUUCAAUAGGCGAAAAACUACAGCUUAUCAAGGAGGGGGCAUAUGCCUACGUGAUCGUGAAAUCGCUCUUCCCGGUCCGGAUAGCAAUCUCGAUCUUGGGAAUGCCAUGGUUCGCCAAGUGGUUUGUGUUGCCCUUCACAAGAAUUUUUUCCAAGAAA